GCGCGCUUUAUGUACAAAUUCAACGAAGCGUGUUCAAUUGUUGCUGCGACGCCGAAGUCGACGUCACAUAUACAAACAAACAAAACAUAUUAUUUUGCGCGGCCAGCGGAACUUGUCCUAUUUCUUGGAUCGCCAGUAUUGGGAAUUAUAUUAGUACGUUUUGUACAAUUCGCCGUGGCGCUCGUGAGGAAUUGCAAAAGCAGCAGCGAGAAGAGAUCGCAAUGAUUUACUUAUCAUAUCCCAGGGCUGGCACAGCGACAGUCCGCCAGCCAGCAUAAGACAUUUUAUCUUAACUGAUUUCCGUGAGACUAUGCGCUAUAUUAAGCCGGAGCCGUACUAUGAGGGACUACCGCCUUUCAAUGUUACGGGUAGUCCAUUCAAUGUGGUGCCCAUACACAAUUUUCCGGAGCUAAUGAAGGAUACCUGCGCGCUCAUCAAUUCCGAAUGGCCGCGCUCUGAAACUGCACGCAUGCGUUCACUAGAGGCUUCAUGUGACUCGCUGCCCUGCAGCCUAGUGCUCACAACGGAAGGAAUGUGCCGUGUGAUAGCUCAUUUAAAACUCAGUCCAAUAACGUCCAAGAAGAAGGCUUGCUUUGUCGAAUCAGUUGUAGUGGAUAAAAGCUAUCGUGGCCAAGGUUUUGGCAAGCUGAUUAUGAAAUUUGCUGAGGAUUACUGCCGUGUGGUGCUCGACUUGAAUACCAUUUAUCUGUCCACCAUUGAUCAGGAUGGUUUUUAUGAACGCAUUGGCUAUGAGUACUGUGCACCUGUCUCCAUGUAUGGACCGCGUCACUGCGAGCUACCGAGUUUACAGAAGAAAAAGAAAUACAUGAAGAAAGCUUUAUAGGCAUCAGCACCAGUCGUAGUAGUUGUGUUGGCUUAACUUAAAAUCGCUGGCAUCGAACAGAGCCGUUAACAGUUAAACCUAGUCAAAAUGGGCCAAACGCUCUAAACUGCCCAACGGCUGAGCCGUUUAUAGAGCGCUCGGUUCCAAUUCCAUUAUGUUUACACAAAAAUAUUCAUAUUACGCUUGUGUUGAUUUUUAAAUAUUACUUUCCGCAUGUAUUUUUCUGUUAAAACUACUUUGGCAACAGAUGCACGUAAAUCGGCAGUGUUUAUAUAAUAACGCAUAUAAUAAUUUAUUUGUAGUUUAUCUAUACUUUUGAUUUAAUUUGUAGCUCGCUGCUCAGAAUGCUUCAUAGACAAUACACACACACACACACUAAAGCUGAGAUUUCUAGUUCAAUUUGAUACAGCCGGUCAUCAUGGAUGAUCGAUACAGCUUCUCUUUUUUACAUUUGAACCUAUUGUUUAACGAAAACACAUAUGAAUAGCUCAAGUAUCUUCCAAGUAGCUCUUAGUCUAGUUAUACAUAUCGGAGCAGUAAAUAGUAGCAUUAAGCAUAUGAAUCAAAAGGCAAUAAAUAAAUUACUCUAUGUUGUAGAUAAUACAUAAAAUUAAUCUAUUGUUAUAAUUUGGCGAACAUAACGGAAGCACUUGUCUACCAUCUGUCUAACAGAUACAUGUGUAUGACAAGUUCAAGUUCAAGAUGAUGCGACAUGCCAAAAAAAAUAAAAGAUUUUAAACUGA